CUAAUAUAAUUAUGUUUUUGCUUUAAACUUUUCAGAAAGAUGAAGGUUUUUGUGUUUAUGUUUAUGGCCAUUAUGCUGUUUGGUUGUGUUGCUGGCAAAGAAUGCAUGAACAAUCUUCCUCAAUCACAUACAUUUCGGUACGAGCUGUGGGCAUCAAAGAAUGAAACAUGGAAGAAAGAAGUGAUGUCUCACUAUCAUUUGACACCAACUGAUGAAUCGGCUUGGGCAGAUUUGCUUCCAAGGAAGCUUUUAUCGGAAGAAAACCAACGUGACUGGGCUGCUAAGUAUAGGGAAAUGAAGAAUGCCGAUCUGUCUAAGCCACCAGUUGGAUUUCUCAAAGAAGUUCCUCUUGGGGAUGUGAGAUUGCUUGAAGGUUCUAUCCAUGCUCAAGCACAGAAGACUAAUUUGGAGUAUUUGUUAAUGUUGGAUGUUGAUAGCUUGAUUUGGAGUUUCAGAAAGACGGCUGGUUUACCGACUCCUGGUACACCGUAUGGAGGAUGGGAGGAUCCUAGCAUAGAACUCAGAGGCCAUUUUGUUGGGCAUUACUUGAGUGCAUCAGCUCUAAUGUGGGCCAGCACAAAGAAUGAUAACCUGAACGAGAAAAUGUCGGCUCUUGUUUCCGGUUUGUCCGCCUGUCAGGAAAAAAUUGGAACGGGAUAUCUGUCUGCUUUUCCAACCGAGCUUUUUGAUCGAGUAGAAGCUCUUCAAUAUGCAUGGGCUCCUUAUUAUACCAUUCACAAGAUCUUGGCUGGCCUGUUGGAUCAAUAUACAAUUGGUGGAAACCCUCAAGCUCUGAAAAUGGUUACGUGGAUGGUUGAUUACUUUUACAACAGAGUCAUGAAUGUAAUACAGAAGCUCACUGUAAAUGGACAUUAUCAAUCCCUGAAUGAGGAAGCUGGAGGAAUGAAUGAUGUCCUUUACAGAUUAUAUAGCAUAACGAGGGAUUCAAAGCAUCUGGUGUUGGCGCACCUUUUUGACAAGCCUUGCUUUUUAGGGGUGCUUGCAGUACAGGCUAAUGACAUAGCUAAUUUUCAUGCCAAUACGCAUAUCCCAAUUGUUGUUGGAUCUCAAUUGCGGUAUGAAGUCACAGGUGAUCCACUUUAUAAGGAUAUUGGGGCAUUCUUUAUGGACAUUGUAAACUCAUCUCACACCUAUGCAACAGGAGGAACAUCAGUCCGUGAGUUCUGGAAUGACCCAAAGAGAAUAGCUGACAACUUAAAAUCAACAGAGAAUGAAGAAUCAUGCACAACUUACAAUAUGUUGAAGGUUUCGCGGCACCUGUUUAGAUGGACGAAAGAAGUCUCGUACGCAGAUUAUUAUGAACGUGCCUUAACGAAUGGUGUACUCAGUAUUCAAAGAGGAACAGAUCCUGGAGUGAUGAUUUAUAUGCUUCCUCUAGGUCUUGGUGUUUCCAAAGCUAAAACUGACAAGGGUUGGGGAAAUCCAUUUAACACUUUCUGGUGCUGCUACGGAACAGGAAUUGAAUCAUUCUCAAAGCUGGGAGAUUCUAUAUAUUUUGAAGAAGAAGGGCAUAAUCCUAGUCUAUACAUCAUUCAGUAUAUAUCAAGCUCAUUUAAUUGGAAAUCUGGGAAAAUUUUGCUCACUCAGACAGUUGUUCCGGCUGCUUCAUCGGACCCUUACCUACGAGUGACAUUUACCUUUUCUCCUAAUGAGACAACUGGGACUUCGUCAACAUUGAACUUUCGUGUACCAUCUUGGAGUCACGCAGAUGGUGCCAAGGCGAUAUUGAAUUCUGAAACUUUAUCUCUUCCAGCUCCAGGGAAUUUUUUGCCAAUCACACGACCGUGGAAUGCCGGUGACAAUCUGACCCUUCAGUUGCCUCUUACCAUCAGAACAGAAGCCGUAAAAGAUGACAGACCUGAAUUUGCAUCACUUCAAGCCAUUCUUUACGGACCAUAUCUUCUCGCCGGUCACACCACCAGCAUUUGGGACAUUAAAGGCGUUACUAACAAAGCUGUUGCAGACUGGAUUACUCCAAUUCCAUCCAAUUACAGUAGUCAACUAGUUUCUUAUUCACAAGACAUCAACAAAUCAACUCUUGUUAUAACAAACUCAAAACAAUCACUUACGAUGGAAAUAUUACCCGGACCUGGCACUGAAAAUGCUCCUCAUGCUACCUUUAGACUUAUCCCAAAAGACGCUGAUGGUAAAACUGUGAUGUUAGAACCAUUUGAUCUUCCUGGAAUGACUGUAAGUCACCAAGGACCGGAGAAACCUCUUAUCAUUGUAGAUUCUUCCCAUGGGGGGCCUUCAUCGGUUUUUCUUGUGGUACCAGGAUUGGAUGGACGAAAUCAAACAAUAUCUUUAGAAUCACAAAGCAAUAAAGAUUGUUACGUGCAUAGCGAUAUGAGUGCUGGUUCAGGAGUUAAGCUAAGGUGCAAGACUGCUUCUGAAGCUAGUUUUAACCAAGCAACUAGUUUUGUUUCCGGCAAAGGAUUAAGGCAAUACCAUCCUAUCAGCUUUGUUGCUAAAGGUGCAAACCAGAAUUUUCUUUUAGACCCAUUGUUCAACUUUAGGGAUGAGCAUUAUACAGUUUAUUUCAAUAUUCAAGAUUGAUACAAGUUUCUUAUCCUACUGGUUUGAAAUAAACUUUUAUAUAUAAGUUUCUGGUUCAGUGGAAUGUAAAGGGAUUAAUUAAUGAAUUAUUUUAA